AUUCUCUAUGCAGCUUUUGUGCUACAAGACCACAGAGGAGUAGUUAGAGUUCUGUGGGAGUCUCCAAGAUGAAUACUACAGCAAUGAGUCCACUCACUGUUACUCCGCUAGGUUUUAUUCCAGACUUAAAAAAUGCCACACUUGUGCCUUUCAAUGAGACUGCAUGUGAAAACUGGAAGGAGAUUCAUCAUCUUGUUUUCCAUGUGGCAAACAUUUGCUUUGCAGUUGGACUGGUUAUUCCAACUACUCUGAAUCUUCAUAUGAUUUUUCUGCGAGGCCUGCUCACCAUAGGAUGUGCAUUGUUCAUCAUUUGGGCUACACUCUACCGUUGUGCCUUGGACAUAAUGAUCUGGAAUUCUGUGUUUUUGGUUGUCAACCUUUUACAUUUCAUAUACCUACUGUAUAAAAGAAGACCGAUCAAGAUAGAGAAGGAGCUUAGCAGCCUCUACAGGAGAAUGUUUGAACCUCUCCAUGUGCCUCCAGAGCUCUUCCAAAGACUGACUGGACAAUUCUGCAACAUUCAGACUUUAAAGACAGGUCAAGCCUAUGCUGCAGAAGAUAAAACAUCAGUUGAUGAUAGGCUAAGCAUCCUGCUGAAGGGGAAAAUGAAGGUGUCUUAUCGAGGGCAUUUUCUGCAUAAUAUUUACCCCUGUGCCUUUAUAGAUUCUCCUGAAUUUCGAUCAACACAGAUGAACCGGGGUGAGAAAUUCCAGGUCACCAUUAUUGCAGAUGAUAACUGCAAGUUCCUGUGCUGGUCCAGGGAAAGGCUGACUUACUUUCUGGAAUCUGAGCCAUUUCUUUGUGAGAUCUUCAAGUAUCUUAUUGGCAAAGAUAUUACAAAUAAACUCUAUUCAUUGAAUGACCCAACCUUAAAUGACAAGGCUUCAAAAAAGCUUGAUCGACAGCCUAGUCUUUGCUCACAGCUCUCUGUGAUGCAGAUGAGAAACAGUAUAGCCAGUACCAGUGACAGUGAGGAUGGUUUGCAGAUGUUUCUUCGCGGGACUUCCUCUGCAUCCUCUCUUCGCCCGGGCCGGACGUCUCCCUACCUGAGAACUUCGGCAAAAAUGAAGCCGAUAGAAGAAAGUGUUGAAGAUGACGUCUUUGAAGCACCAGCCGCUGAUAAGCUUCAACUCCAGCGGCUGCCUUGAACAGAUGUAUCCUCGGCAUAUCAGGGCUUGCACACAGCUCCAGUGCAAGAGGGAGAAGCUGAAUUUGGGAGGAAUCUGACAGCUAAAACCACCUCUCUGUGUUGAAUUUACCACAGCAUAUGUCAGUGGCUUCUAGAUGGAAAUGUCACAUUUUAUUUUACGUCUAAUUAAAAUAAAUAAAAACUUGUAUGGGUUUUAUUUUUGUUUUCUGGACAUGGGUGGUUGCUUUAUUUCAGCUUUGACUCUUGCAUCAUAAAUGUAGUGUGAAGUGGCUGACUAGCCUGAAAUUUCUAGAGACUUUCUCAGUGGAGAAUAUCCCCAGUUUCAUUUCCGUAAGUUCUUAGAGACCUGUAUCUUAGUGUUUUUCAGUGGGAGAUUUUGAAACUAUGUUUCCAAAGCUAUGUUGCUGUUACCUACCGUCAUUGUUGUGAGAGUCUCGUGAAAUAGUACACACACUGUUCUGCACCUUUUGGUAGGUAUUUGCCUCUAAUUCUGGCAUUUCCCAACCUGACUGCUUGACUCUACAAUUGUAAUGAUGGCUUCAAUUUUAAUUUUUCUUGGCCAAAUAUUUAAAUUUAAUGUUGCCUUUCCAACCUUAACUUUUUCUACUUUAGGUAACUGUAUUACACUGAAGUCUAUGCUUUUCCUUUGUCUUAUCCAUGGAGUGAUUGAGCUGUUCUGGAUUAACCUUUCCACACAGGAAUAUGUGAGGUACAAAUAACACUUGAUAUAGGAAAUUCAGUUCAAACCUCAAAACUAGGUAGCUGCAGAUACAGUAAAAGUCUCAUAAUGGGAGGCGUUGGGAAGCCUUUAUAAGAGGCACUUGUAGCAGUCCUGUCUGUGAUAUGUGGAGACAUGUAGAUGGUAGCUGUACUUCUGUGCUUUGACAAUGCUUGAAAUUUGUUAUGCAACAAAUAGUAUAUUUUAACUAAUCAUAACAUAAAACAGAUACUUUUCUAUUUAUUGAAUUGGGUAAAACUCCACUACAUACAAUAAUAGAAGUUUGGCAUAAACUCUCAAGCAGAGGUGUCAGAGUCUGGGUUUUGCUGGUUCGUGUCAUUCCAUUUUAUUUCUAAAAUUUAUCCUGACCGAACAUCCUUGAAUCAGCCUGCAUCUGAGUUAUAUAACCCACUUAUUCCCUCCUCAAAAGCUCAUGCAAAAUCAAAACACGCAGUUAAAUGAUUGGAAGUUUGACCUGUGUUGUCAGCAUUCCUGCUUCUGUGAAUUUAAAUCCAGUGUUUAAUAUUACAUCAAUAUGGCUUGUGGUUCAGUCAGUUUUGCAUUAUUAAAAAUGUUGCACUGAGGUGAGACAUACUUACUAAUUUGUGUAAAUAGAUGUAAAAUAUCUUUAAGCCACACAUGCAAAAGACAGCACAUUUGGCUUCUGUUGGUGUUGAUGUAGUUUAUCAUCUAAAUCUGAUUUAAUGUUAUGAAAGUCUUUGUAGGUAAAAAAUAGGAAGUCCUCUCGCAGCUGUUGUAACUUAUGCACAAGUGUUAGUGGGAACAGCUUUCAGAACCACUGGUUUGAUAAACCAAAAUGAUAGGUAGGAUCUCUUGCAAGUCUACUGGGGUACGACUGGGAUUCAGCAACUAAAACAUAAAUGUAUAUUUAAAAUUAUACCACAUUUUUAGUCGCUGACUGUCAAAUACUAGCAACUGAACAGAUUACACCAUGAACAAAAAUACAGUAGACAAGAAAACUUAAUAUAUUAUAAAAAUAUGAAACAUUCUCCCUGCAAUAAAAUGCAUACUAAAGGAGAAAUACAUAUCCUCAUAACUCCAGCGACUGCUCAGUGUAAAGUUGUGAACUUGUUUGAGGUUUUGGAUGUCCUGUUUCUUUUAAUAAAAAGAAGAAUAUUGCAGAACUUUUCAAUAGGAUAAAUGAUAGAAAUACAGACUUACUUAGGUUGAGACCUCUGCAGGUCAUCUGAUCUAGUCUCCUGCUAAAGCAGGGUUAACUUCCAAAUGAGUGGAAAUACGAUAAUGAUGGAGACAAAAAUACUAACAAGUGCUGUUACAGGAAGAUGGCUAGGUAUGAGGAUCAUAAGCAUUUUGGACAUAUCUUCCUUCUGGAUUACAACACAGCCAGACUUUAUAAAUAAAACAAUUCUGUGUAUUUUUGCAGGUUUUACAAAAGCUGUUCCAAGUAGUUGAUCAUCAGGCCGUGUCAGUAACACGAUGGUGAGAGACUCGCAGAUCGGUGGGUGAAGGCUUCCUUGCUUCUGGCAGCAGUGUCAAGCUCUGUGUAAGAAGUGACGUUUUACUCCCAUUCCAGAGAAAAUGAUCCCUGUGGAUAAAACAUGUCAGUCAAAAGAAGGAUGCUGACACAUGAUUUUUAGUGGUUAGGACUAAAAAAAAUCAUGUAACAAACUCAUUUGACUAUGCUGAAAAUAUGCAGAAACCCCUCUCCUUCUCCCUGGAUUACAAACAAAAGAUCUUUUACACAUAGGGAGCAAGUGCAUCAUUGGUUCAAUGUCUCAAGGCUAGUGGCCAUAUCUCUGAGGUUGCUUUUUGGCUACUGGGAGAGUAAGAGAGGAAAUGGGAAUUAUUUUACUUAUAAGGAGAUACAGAGAGCCAUGUGCUUGUCCUGAUGUAAUUUUCCCAAACUUCUGCCAGUUUUCAAACUCCUCUAAAGAGGAAAACCAAGCUGGUGGAAUAGAUCUCACCCAGUUAGCAAUGACCAGAAAACCCAGAGUGAAUGAAGUAAAAACAGCUGUUUCCUUUCUUCUUCCCUCUCCAGCAGAAUAACUUCUCAUGUAUUAUUAUCAAUUCAAGCAAUAUUCAAUGCCCAGAGAGAUUGCAUCUCCUGAACAGAAUUUGUCUUUAAAAUCAGGGAGGCCCUGCAGGAGCAGAGCUCUGCAUACCUGUUGUGUAUCCCAGCCUCAGGACCAUAAACUCUUGUCUGCUGUCUGGGAACAAGAACCAAGUCAUCUUUGCACCUGCAAGAAUCACCCAUGCUAAGGAUACUACAGCAGCAACACUGCAAAUAAUGAUAAAUAACUGUGUUAAUCUACUGGAAGCAAUACAUUUUAUUACCUGAAAGUAUGUAACUGGAAAUUUUAAAAUUCCUGAUGAAUGGCUAAAAUUAACAGCAAGUAAGUUUACUUGAUAAACACAACUUGCGAAGUCUGUUUAUCUCUGUUCCUGUUGUCUCAAAUAGAGUUGUUUCUGAGACAACAGAAGUUAAAAUAGACUGGCCUGCUUUUCUGUAUUGCAUGAGGCAUCCCUUUCUAUUGCUGUUGCAGAAGGUAAGGAAAAGCAUCCUGUAAUAAUUCAGAUUUAAAGGAGAGUGUUUGCCUGAGUAGAGAGACGAUGGGCUGUAAACUCAUUGUUAGCUCAUUUCAAGGUGUGAUUAGUAAAUCAAAAUAAAACAACAUAUAUUUUAAAAUCAUAACAUCAUGUUCUGUUGGUCAUAACUGUAACUACUCAGCAGGUGUGAAUUAUACUAGCAAAUAGUUCUUUUUACUAACCAGAACACCUGUGGGGAAAAAAAGGAAGGUAUUUCAUCAAAAUGUAUUUUUUAUAACUUUUUUCAAGAAUUCUGUGAUUUCAGUGCAUUUAUAUAAAUAUAGUAAAACACAUACUGAGUGCCAUGUUUGUCAGGGAGACUGAAUUAAAAGAUGUCAAUUAGUUCUA